CACGACAAUGGAACCUGUUUACGACUACUGCUUCACAAUAAAAGCACAAUGAUGAUACGCCAAGCUGCAAUACACAAUUGCGAGUCAACAGUAAGGCGAAAGAGGCGUCUACAUGUUUUAGCCAGGGGCUCAAAAGCCACAGAAUCGAUCCGAGAUGCCGAUCUAGGCUGUAGAGGAGCCGUAUCGUCCUAUUUUGGUCAAUAAUCUUAAGUACAGAGGCACAAGACCGUUGGAGGGUCUCUUUUGCCACUGUUUUUUUUGUGUAAUUGACGUAGAUGAGGCGUUUGAGAUGGAAAACUGUUUCGAUAUG